AUGGACGACGACGGGCAACCCCGCACCUUGUAUGUAGGCAACCUCUCCAGGGAUGUAACGGAAGUCCUGAUUCUACAGCUAUUCAGUCAGAUUGGGCCAUGUAAAAGCUGUAAAAUGAUUACAGAUCAAACGGACAGUCGGAGGGUGGCUGCAUCUACUGGCUUUUCUGCUCUGCCAAAUACCAGCAAUGACCCUUAUUGUUUUGUGGAGUUUUAUGAACAUAGAGACGCUGCUGCUGCGUUGGCGGCAAUGAACGGGCGGAAGAUCUUGGGAAAGGAGGUGAAGGUGAAUUGGGCCACAACUCCCAGCAGUCAGAAGAAAGACACAUCGAAUCACUUCCAUGUAUUUGUUGGAGAUCUGAGUCCAGAAAUCACCACAGAAGACAUAAAAUCAGCUUUUGCUCCGUUUGGUAAAAUCUCAGAUGCCAGAGUAGUGAAGGACAUGGCAACGGGAAAGUCGAAGGGUUACGGCUUUGUUUCCUUCUACAAUAAACUGGAUGCCGAAAAUGCCAUAGUACAUAUGGGAGGACAGUGGUUAGGUGGCCGACAGAUCAGAACAAACUGGGCAACACGUAAACCACCUGCACCAAAAAGUGCACAAGAAAGUAAUGCAAAGCAGCUGAGGUUUGAAGAUGUUGUGAACCAGUCCAGUCCAAAAAAUUGUACAGUUUACUGUGGAGGGAUUGGAUCAGGUUUAACUGAGCAGCUAAUGAGGCAGACAUUUGGUGUGUUUGGACAGAUUAUGGAAAUCCGAGUUUUUCCAGAAAAAGGAUACUCUUUUAUCAGAUUUUCCAGCCAUGACAGUGCUGCACACGCUAUUGUGUCUGUGAAUGGCACCACCAUAGAAGGGCAUGUUGUCAAAUGCUACUGGGGUAAAGAGACACCAGACAUGGCAAAGGGCUUCCAGCAGGUGGACUAUACUCAAUGGGGUCAAUGGAGCCAGAUGUAUAGUAGCCCCCAGCAAUAUGGCCAGUAUGUGGCUAAUGGAUGGCAGGUACCCUCUUACAGUAUGUAUGGACAAGCUUGGAAUCAGCAAAGCUUCGGAGUUGAGCAAUCACAGUCUGCUACAUGGAUGGGUGGUUUCAAUGCCCAGCCUCCACCACCAGCACAGGGACCGCCAGUCAUACCAAACCCACCCGGGUAUAGUAUGGCCAGCUAUCAAACACAGUGA